UUGGAACUGGAUUCGAGAACUUAUCUGAGAGCCUGUUGGACCCGAUUGACCCAUCUUCAAAACCUUCUUCAAUAUCUUUGCUCUCGCUCUCUUUUUCAAUGACAACGCGAUGUGCAACAUGUCUUAUUAAGAUAAAAUCUCCUUAAACUAAAAUUGGGAUGAUAUAUAAUCGAUCAAGUUCAUGAACUAAAUUUGUUUUUUUCUAUAAAAAAGAAAGUGAUUGUGAUUGAUAUCGUUAGAUCCAUUGAUCAAAGAUCAUCGUUCAUGAGCUAUAAUUCGUUUUCUAAUUUUGCAGACUGAUUGGGAAGGUAGCUUUUUCCCUCUUACUCUCCCAUUUCAGUGAAGAUUGCCAGGCAAACCCCCAAGAUGCACGUUUUGCAAGGUUUCUUCCACCCUAAUGUCUACCCUUUCGUAACUGUACGCCUGUCAGUCCUCAAGGAGGACCAUGGAUGGAGACCAGCCACUACAGUGAAGCAAAGUUUGGUCGUCAUUUGGGAUAUGCUGAACCAUCCUAGUCCUGCUGAUACUGCACAAACUAAUGGGUAUCAACUUUUCAUCCAGGAUCCUACUGAGUACAAGGGAAGGGUGCCAUAGCAAAGCCAAGCAGCAGUGUCCAUUUGUUCAAAAUUUGUGUAAGUAGUAUUGGGUACCCAAAACUGGAAUCAAAAUCGAUUGGAUAGGUUUCGGAUAGAAACCUAUCGAUACAAGUUUCGGUUUUAAUUCUAAAACUUAAUAAUUGACCGGUUCAGAUUCCUGCUGUUUCAACAAAGUAUAUAGAGUGGCUCGAUGUUAUCACCACUAAUAUAUAUGUAUUGUCGCAGUGUGAUUUAAGGAAUAAAAAAAAAACAUCAGGCUUGAAGAA